AUGGCUUUACUCGCAUUUGGGAAAUGUGGAGAUGCAAGAAGGACCACCCUAAAUUCAUGGAGUGAAAAUGCAACAAUUGAGAGGGUUCUUAAUAGGAUUGCAGAGGAGAAGCCGAUCAGAUUCACACUCCAACAGCUCGGUGGCUUCACUCACAACUACACAACUCGCUUGGGUUCUGGUGGGUUCGGGACGGUCUACAAGGGACAACUUCCAAAUGGAGUCCUAGUAGCAAUGAAGGCGCUGAACACCGGAGACAAGAAACUAAUGGAGAAGCAGUUCAAGGCAGAGAUUGGCACCAUUGGAAGGACAUUUCAUGCAAACCUUGUUAGACUCUAUGGCUUCUGCUAUGAUUCAAUUUUCAGAGCCUUGGUCCAUGAGUACAUGGACAAGGGAUCUCUAGACACAUAUCUGUUUGACAAGAGCCACACCAUUGCAUGGGAGAAAUUGCAUGAGAUUGCAAUAGGUACAGAAAAAGCACUCUCUUAUUUGCACCAUGAAUGUGAGCAAAGGAUCAUACACUAUGACAUCAAACCGGCAAACAUCCUCCUAUACCACAACUUCACCGCUAAAGUGGCUGACUUUGUAUUGGCGAAGCUUUGCAACAGAAAGAACACUCAUGUGAGCAUGUCUGGACGGCGUGGGAUGCCGGUGUACACAACACUGGAGAUCUUGUUCAUGGGACAAGUGACAUAUAAAUGUGAUAUCUAUAGCUUAGGGAUACUCCUGUUUGAGAUAGCAGGGAGGAGGAGUAUCUAUGAUGAGAGCUUGGAGGAAGAUGAGCAUUAA